GUGGGCACGCAGCCCCCUCAUGGCUCUGCCGUCUGCCCGCUGGAGCCUGUGGAUCUGGGGAUCUUGGAGCAGCAAACGCCACCAGAGCAGCCACCGUCCUCCCCGGAGCUGGGUGAGGAUGAGGAAGUCACCUCCCCACUGGACCCUGAUGUCCCCUACCCCGACUUGGCCCCGGUUGUCUUCUUCUGCUUGAAGCAGACCACCAGCCCACGGAACUGGUGCAUCAAAAUGGUGUGCAACCCCUGGUUUGAGUGUGUCAGCAUGAUGGUGAUUUUGUUAAACUGUGUUACCUUGGGGAUGUACCAGCCGUGUGAGGAUAUGGACUGCCUUUCUGACAGGUGUAAAAUCUUGCAGGUAUUUGAUGACUUCAUCUUCAUCUUCUUUGCCAUGGAAAUGGUCUUAAAGAUGGUGGCCCUGGGGAUCUUUGGCAAGAAGUGUUACCUUGGAGAUACCUGGAACCGCCUGGAUUUCUUUAUUGUCAUGGCUGGGAUGGUGGAGUACUCCCUGGAUCUCCAAAACAUUAACCUGUCUGCAAUCCGUACUGUCCGCGUCCUGAGACCCCUGAAAGCUAUCAACCGUGUGCCUAGCAUGCGCAUCCUUGUGAAUUUGCUCCUGGACACCUUGCCCAUGCUGGGGAAUGUCCUUCUUCUCUGCUUCUUUGUCUUCUUUAUCUUCGGCAUCAUCGGAGUGCAGCUGUGGGCUGGGCUGCUCCGCAACCGCUGCUUCAUGGAGGAAAACUUCACAAUGAGUCAAAGUGACAUUGUCCUGCCCCCUUAUUACCAACCCGAGGAAGAUGAUGAGAUGCCCUUUAUCUGCUCACUGUCAGGAGACAAUGGAAUUAUGGGCUGUCAUGAGAUACCCCCACUGAAGGAACGGGGCCAUGAAUGUUGUUUGGACAAGGACGAUUAUUAUUACUACAACUCCGUCCGGCAAGAGUUCAACAUCAGUGGCAUGUGUGUCAACUGGAACCAGUACUACAACGUGUGCCGUACAGGCAACGCCAACCCACACAAGGGUGCCAUCAAUUUUGACAACAUUGGGUAUGCCUGGAUUGUGAUAUUUCAGGUGAUCACACUGGAAGGGUGGGUGGAGAUAAUGUACUACGUGAUGGAUGCCCAUUCCUUCUACAAUUUUAUCUACUUUAUCUUACUAAUAAUU